AUGCUAGAAUCUGGGCCGGAGUGUCGCGACGAUGCUGACGUGGCGUUGAGACAUGCGAGUGAUCCUGAUGUGCUGGCAGAUGGGGGGACAGAAGCUGAUGUGGUGGUUGAUACAGUGGGGUAUGACUAUAUCGAGGAUGAGCAUCAAGCGUCGGAUCAGGGACUCGUUAUAAGACAGAGCGUGCAGGCAGUUCAGGACACGGACGAGCUGAAGCGGUCAGACGAGCAAGAAGAGAGACGAAAUGAUAUGCUAGAGGACGCAGCUCCAGCGCGAGUUCAGGUGCAAGCGCAGGAGGCGCAGGCGCAGGCGCCGGUGCAAACUCAGGUGCAGGUGCAAGCGCAGGUGCAAGCGCAGGCGCACGCGCACGCGCAGGCGCAGGUGCAGGCGCAGGUGCAAGCGCAGGGGCAUGCUUAUGGAUACGCACAUGCGCAUCUGCAAGGGCGCGAACAGGACGUGUACGAUAGUGAGCUUAUAGCGGAUCACGUGUCUAGGCUUGUAGCGGAGCAUGCACUAGUCGAGCAGGGGGAGGACGAGCGGAAGGGAGAGGGGGAGGCGGGCGGGCAGGGAGAGGAGAUCGAGCUUAGAAUAGAGGUCGAGGGGGAAGGGGACGAGGGGGGGAAAGGGGACGGGGGGAGUCAGGGGUCAGAAGAUGCGGAAAGGGGAAAGAGAAUGGAUGGACAAGAGGGAACGGAAGGAGGAGAAACGGAGGCGGGGGGGGAAAUGGAGAGGGGAGGGGAAAUUGACGCAGGAGGGGAAAUGGCGGAGGAAGGGGGAAUGGAGGGGGAAGAGGGGCCGGAUAUCGAAUUGGAGCUAGUUAUGGGGGAUGCUGGGCUGGACGAUGCGGAGAUAUUUGUGGGACAGCUGGCUGCUGAUGUGGCGAACGUCCGUGCAGCAGACGGCCACGUGGCAGGAGCCGAAUGGCAAGCCAUGCAUGAGGAUUUAUCCGCGCCACAGUAUGGUGCAGAGUUGUCAAAAAGCGGGACUCUAGCAUCAGACGAAAGUGGCAAAGGGAUAGCAGCGAGGCAGGUGGAGAAAGGAGGCGCGUCCAUUGCCCACCUGAGAAUCUACCUGAGGGGUCUGAGGCGAGAAGGCGACCCAAAACUAGAGCUCCUGCAGGACAUGUUUCUCUCACACGGGCCAACUCUCGAAGACAUCAAACUUGAGAUGCUGUCAGUCGUGCAGCUCUUCGCCACCCUCGACAUGUUUCUCUCUCAUGGACUAACUCUCGAGGACAUAAAGCUGGAGAUGCUAUCAGUCGUACAACUCUUCGCCACCCUAGUCAGCCCCGUGCGAACCGGAGCGAAAAACAAACCCAAACUCCUCACCAUCAUUGCGACCUCCGAGCCUUGGAACAGACCUCACGCUAUGGAGAAGCGGCUCGUUGCCGCGGCUGUCACUGGGCCUGUCCCGGGCGUGCCACCGGAGCUGGCCGCCGCGGCUGCGGCGCAGGUUCGGGUGGGGGAGGAGGAGGUUCGGCGGUAUGGCGGGAUGCUGGAGCGGUUUUUGGAGAGUCCGAGGGAGUGGAAUCUGGUGGAUCACCGGGGGGAGUUUCAGUUCAAUGCUAUUUUCGCAUUCCUGCGCAAGGCGCAUGUGUGCGAGCCGCUGUUGCUGCAGCACUAUCAAAGCCUCUUCUUGCCCUGCACGAUCUGCGAGCGUGCAAGAAGUGGGUGCUCAUGCUGCUCGCGCUGCUUCUUUCCCCUUCAACCCGCUCCCCCCUCCCCCCUGAAACCACAGCACUACCAAAGCCUCUUCUUCGCUCAUCGCCUCACCCUGCACGAUCUGCGAGCGUGCAAGAAGUGGGUGCUCAUGCUGCUCGCGCUGCUGCUGGGUUUCUCCGGCCGCCUGGACGAGCUGAACAAGAAAGACCUCGUGCAGGCUAUAGCUUCAACAGACGCUUGGAAGGAGUAUGAGAUGAGUCGGGAGACGCGUCCGAAUCGACAGUGCGGUGCAAAACAGUGUGGUGCGGUUUUAGAUGGGCGGCUUGAGAGUGCUAGGGGUGUCGGAGGGGCGCAGGCGAAUGGGGCCUUGGAAAGGAACGAGGGGAGCAGGGCAGCUGGGGGUGAAAGCGGAGAACGAGGGAGUGCAGGGGAGGGAGGAAUGGUAGAGAUGGGUUCAGGGGCAGGAGCAGGAGCAGGAGUAACAGCAGCAGGAGCAGCAGCAGGAGCAGCAGGAGCAGCAGCAGCAGCAACAACAACAGCAGUGGCAGCAGGGCGGGAUGCUGGGAUUGUAGCAGACAGGGGAAGCACACAUGCGUCUACCCCUGCUGCUGCUUCUUCAUCAUCUCCUCUUCCUCCUCCUGAUGCUAACCCUUCCGCUCAACCUGCUUCCGCUCCACCUCCCCAUAGCCCUGUCACUAAUGGCACCACGAAUCAUAUUCCUUUGACUCAUGCUAAUAAUAGCACUGCCCCUGCUAUUAUUCGGAAUACUGCCAACAAUGCCGAUAAGAGCAAUGAUGCCGAUAAUGGCAAUUACUCCAGGAAAAGGUCUGCUCCAGGGAGAAUCCGGCCAAUCAAAUGCGCCCGUCUGCUGCCGACCUCCCGCCAGGACCGGUCGGCGUUCCUCCUCCGCGUCCGGCAGGCGGGGGACGACGAGCUGGGCGGCGUGCUUCGGCAGUUUCUGGAGGAUCCUAAGCACUGGGCGUGUGCUCUGAAAGGGGGCGUGGUUGUAACGAGACUGGGGAAGUUUAUAAGGGAGAUGGCGGAAAACAACCCAACGAUGCUGGAGCCGUACCAGCAGGCCUUCUUUGCUCACGGCAUUGGCAUGAACGAGCCGUACCAGCAGGCAUUCUUUGCUCACGGCAUCGGCAUGAACGAGCCGUACCAGCAGGCCUUCUUCGCCCACGGCAUCGGCAUGAACGGGUUAAGGCGGGAGAAGAGUCCUUACCAGUGGCCCGUUCCCCAAACCCCACUCCUUGCAUUCCCUUCCUGUCACCUCUUCUCCCCCCAGCCGUACCAGCAGGCCUUCUUCACCCACGGCAUCGGCAUGAACGAGUUAAGGCGGGAGAAGCGGACGGCCCUGGAGCUGUUUGCAUACCUCAUGGGAGUCACAGGCAACAUGCGGGCAUGGAAGAAGCAUCGGCUUCUAAAGAUCAUAUCCGAGAUGCCAGCCUGGCAGGUUCAUGCGACGCGAUUGGACGAGAUGGGCUUGGGGGAAGGCGGGGGGAAGGGGAGGUGGGUGGGGAGGAGAGGUGCUGGCGGGGAGGGUAAUGGGGAAGGCGCAGGGGAGGGUUACUUGGGAGCUGGUACUGGGGAGGCUGGAGAGGCGAGGUAUGGGAUGGAUAGGGGAGCAGGCGAAGAGGGGGAGGAGGGGGAGGACGAGGAAGGGGAGGAGCAAGGGGAGGAAGAAGGAGAGGAAGGAGAUGAGGGAGGAAGAGAGGAAGUAACCGGGGGAGAAGAAUUCAGGGAGAGUGAGGGGCAGGGUCAGGGGAUCUUGAGGGGUCAAGGGGAGGGAUCAGCAGCAGCAUCUAGAGGGGAGGAGCAGAGAGGGGAGGAGCAGAGGAAGGGUAAUCUUGAGAACGCGGCUCUGGAGAUAAGGGAGAAUGAGGCGAAGGUGGGCAUUGGGUGUGAAAAGUGGAGGGAGGAGGGUGAGGAGAUGGAGGAGAAUGGGGAUGAGAGGAGAGAGAAUGGGGAGAAGAAGGGUGAGGAGAAGGGGAAGGAGGAGAAGGGGGAGGAGAAAAGGGAGGAAACGGGGGAGAAAGGGGAAGGGAAUGAGGAUGCCGUUAUGACGACCUGUACAUCGGAUGAAUUGGCAUAUUUGAAUGGGCUGGAUGGAGUGGAGAAGGGGGAGAGAAGGGAAGGGAAUCAAGCGCUCACCAGGACAACCUGUGGGAUGGUUGAAUCAGCAAUUGAUUUUACAUUCGAGCCAGCAGUAGGAUCAACAGGGCCACUAGAGGCUGCUGUAUUGGACGAGUGCAAGGCGAGGGAGGAGGGCAGGCGUGGUGGGGACUCAGAAGUAAGUGGUCUGAAUGGUGCGAUAAGGGGAGCAUCAAGGGUUGGCAAGAGUGGGGAGAAAGGGGAGGGAGGGGAGGAGGGGAGAGGGUGGGAGGGAAGGGAGGAAGGGGAAGGAAGGGAGGGAGGCGAAGGAGGGGAGGGAGGGGAGGGAGGGGAAGCGGGAGAGUGGGGGGAUGGAAGGCCAGAUGUGUCACAGAGAAAUUCAGAGUCACAGGUCAAUCAUGUAACAGAGGGUGAAUGCAGAGCAGGUGUGACUGGGCCAGGUGUGACUGGGGCAGGAGUGACUGGAGUGGGUGUGAUGGGAGCAGAUGUGACUGGGGGAGGUGUGACUGGGGCAGGUGUGAUGGGAGCAGGUGUGACUGGGGGAGGUGUGACUGGGGCAGGCACACACAGCCGUGCCAAGGUGCCCCAGUUCUUCCGAUACCUUCGACACCUGCAGCACAUAGGCUCGCCCCUGCUCAAGGCCUAUCGUGAAAUCUUCCUUUCGCACGGCCUCUCCUCCUCGCAGCUACUGACCAUCAAGAAGCAAGCGCUGAUGCUCCUUGCUGCCCUCUUUGGGUACCGCAGGCAGCUGGACGGGAAGAACAAGGGGCAGUAUGCUGCUAUCGUUACCCACUCUGCCUUCUGGAGAGAACCGGGGCAGGGGCAGGGGCAGGGGCAGGGGCAGGGGCAGUGGGGAAGAGCAGGGAAGGGAAGGAACGCUAAGGUUAUUCCAGCAAACGUUUGUCUGAGAGAGGAACGAGGGGAGCCAGUGCAGCAUGGUUCAGAGCCGGGAGACGAGCGUCAGCAGCAUUGUAUAGAUCUGCAGCGGGGGAUGGAGGCUGGAGAGGAGCAGCAGUUGUGGAGGCAGCAGCAGGGGAAGCUGGGGGGGAAUGCUGCGGCACGAGUGGAUGGGUCGGCCAUUCCGCGAGUUGUGAGUGAGGAGGGAGAGCCAGGGGCCAGUGUUGAACCCAGGGAAACGGGUGAGGAGGAUGAAGAAGUUUUGCUACGCCACAAGUACAGUGCGGGCUCAAGGGGAGAAGCCGAGGGUGCUGGAGAGGUGAACGGAAUGGAGGGAGGGGCAGGAGCAAAGGAGAGUGUGCACCGGCAGGGUGGGGAUGUAGAAGUGUUAGAGUAUGCAAAGGAGGGUGUGGGAGGAGGGGAGGAGAAUGUGGGAGGAGAGGAGAGGAUGGGAGGGGGGAAGGAGAAUGUGGGAGGAGAAGAGAGGAUGGGAGGAGGGAAGGGUGUGCUGAUGAGAGGCAGAUGGCAACGGGCAGUGCAGCUGAGCUUGCUCACAGCAAUUCUAGACAAGGCAUACUCGCGGGAUUUUUUUCAAAGAGGACGCAUUCGCGUGCAGAUCAAGAAACCCGACAACACGCCACACAACCCCGACAUUCCCAACAAAAUGGCGCUUAUGCUGAAACUGGGGGAGCUUAUACCGAAGCACGUUGGGCGGAGCAAGAAAGACAAGGAGAAGGAGAAGGAAGGAGGUGGCGGAGGGGGUGGGGGAGCAGGCGGGUCGCAUGGAGCAGGGGGCGGUUCUGAGAAGAAGGGGAAGGGAGGGAAGAAGAGGAGAUGA